UUCUAACCUAAAAUCUGUCAAAAUUUCAAAACGGGGGCUGUCCGAAAAAGUUACAAAUUUAUCCAAAUUUAUAUUGAAUUUCGCCUGACACUUGUUAAUAGUUGAAGAAAAACUACAUGUGUUUAGUUUAGUUUAAUGUGUUUCCAAGUAUACAGUUUCGUUAUCGUUUUAGUUAUGUAAUCACUAUUCCACUGACCACUGUCGACUGUAACAAAAACGCAUUUCCUUUGUUGAUAACGCAAGCUUCGUCUUCGUUAAUUUCAACUUGUAAAAAAUAAAUCCAUUUUUUUUUGUACGAUUAUAAAAUGGGAUAAGAAAACGUAGAUAACUUGUGUAUCAUUGUUUUAUUAAUAUAAGAAUCAAAAAAUGGAUUGCAAUACUGCUGGAAACAGUUCGCAAAAAGCAAAUUCAGCAGAUUUUGCCUGUUUAAUUUGUGGCGACCGUUUUGUAAGUGAAAAGCAAUAUUAUGGACACUUGAGAGUUCAUAAAGGAGAAUUCCUGUGGACUUGUGAUCAAUGCCCUGAGACUGAUGUGAAGUUUGAUUCUCAGGCAAAAUUGACCUCUCACAAGAAUUUGUGUCACAACAUUGUCAGGCCUCAUAAAUGCCAAGAAUGUGGUUUAGUAUUCGACCGCGCAUCUCAAUUAGAAAAUCAUCAACGAAGUGUUCAUUUGGGUGAAAAGUCUCACAUAUGCCAAAUUUGUGAAAAAGGAUUCUUUCGUAAAACUGACUUGCGCACUCAUACUAAUAUACAUCUUGGAACAGAUGUCAGCAUAUGUGAAGUUUGUGGAAGAAGAUUUAACCACGUGUCGAAUCUAAUAAGACACAGCAGAACUCAUGCUGGAAUUAAACCAUAUCCUUGUACGGUUUGUGGAAAGCGAUUCACUCAAAUCAGUUCCUUGGCAAGGCACAAAAGAAUUCAUGAAAGAGGAAAAGAAAGGAGUGAUAGUAAUUCCCAAGAUACUGGCAAUAGUGAAACUAAUUUAAAAGAUCAUGUAUCCGAAUCUAAUGAGAUCACGAAAGACGUUGGCACGAGACAAAAGAAAAUAAUAAAAAGACGACAUUAUUGUAAAGUUUGCGGGGAGAGUUUUCAAUUUGCUCUUCUCCUGAGAAAACAUGAAAAGGAACACAUGAAUAGUUCCACAGCUUUCGAUUGUAAAAGUUGUAAAAAGAGAUUUGAAAACUCGGAGGAUAUUAAGGAACACAGUUGUAGAGGAGUAAUAUGUACAAGAAAAGUAGAAGCCAAACGCAAUAAGAGUAGACCCAAAUCUAAAGAAAUAAUUGUUGAUCAGAAAAAUGUCCUCAAAGAAGUCGAAAGUACUGUUGACAAUGAUUUAAUUUCCACAAAAGAAUUGACGCAAGAACUUAGUGGCGAUCAAAAUAUGGAAGCUGUGUUAUACGUUACAGCGGAACAGAUGGCGCAUAUUAAUAUAGAGGAAUUCGAAGACGCAUCUUCCAAUUUAUUGCGGGAUCAUAUAUUGGAAUAUGCGAAUACUUCUGACGUGUUUGACACUUGUAACAACGAACAUGUCGAUUUAGAAAGAGAAGUCAGCGCUCUGGCCACCUAUUCGGAUAUAAAUGACUUAGGGAUGGUAGUUCCAAAGAUUUUAGAAAUCGAUGGUUUUUCGGAGAAUCAAAUUGAUAUGAAACAAAUCUCAAAAGAAAAUGUGAAAUGUCGAUAUACCAAGUUAGAAUUUCAGGAAAGUAUUACAACAUCUCAGUAUUUUUUAAACAUAGAGUCGCAGGAUGCUAACAUUAACUUAGAAAUGGAGUACAUGGAUACCAAUGAGAUUGAGCCGACUCUUCAUCUUGUACAAAGCGAAACCGGAGAAGAAUUUUACGAAUUAGCGAUGGAUAAUAUUUCCGAAAAGCCGCAGGCCAAGUCUUCCGAAAGCAUAGAAGAAAGUAUAAUUGAAUCUGUGGAAAAUUUGCAUGAUUUGGAAUUAUUUCGAGCCGAUGUCCAAUCAAAUUUCGAAGUUUAUACGGGCGAUAAUUUUGAGAGCUUUGACAGAGCGAAUUAUGAAAAUUGUGCCAAACAAUUGUUAGAAUUAGUGCAAUCUGAAGAAAGAAGAGAGGGGGGCUCAAACUGUUUAGCAGACAAUAGCGAGAAACUCUUGGCGUUAAUUGAGAACCCAGGUUUUAGUGAAAUUAAUGGUAAAGAAAACCAAAACGCUGAAGGUACUGAUUCAAACGAGAAUUCUUCCUCAAUCACCGGAGAGGAAUUUGAUUUUGAGAACAAUUUCAACCCAAGUCCGACUGAAAACGUGAAGGAAAAUAAAAAAUCUAAGAGUGAGAAAGAAAUGCAAAUUAGAAAGAAAAAAAAGUACAGUGAGGAAUUUUAUUGUUGUUUCUGUCGAAAGACACUUUCUUCGAAAUAUAAUUAUGAACAACACAUGGGGCUUCAUUAUAAGGAACAUCAACGUUUCCAUUGCAAAGAAUGCAGUCUGUCUUUCGCCUGGAAAUCGACCUUGAAUAAACACAUAAUGAAUAAUCACAGACCGGAUGGUCGACAGACUUUUGCCUGUGACAUAUGUCCGAAAGUUUACUACGAUAUUGCUCUAGUAAAUGAACACGUUAAACGGGACCACCUCAAGGAAAGGAAGCACGUUUGUCCUAUCUGCGAAAAAUCUUUUUUCAAGAAAUUGGAUUUAAAAACACACCUCAGAACGCACACGGACGAUAAACCAUACCAGUGCACUUUCUGUGAAAAAAAAUUUUACCAUCUGAGUCACGUAAUUCGACAUGAGCGUAUUCAUACUGGAGAUAAGCCAGAGAAAGGUUCAUUGAAAGUACAUAGGCAGAAGCAUCCAUAAUAAUAAAAAAAAUUAAUAAAAAUAUCUACUCGAUGAGGAUCAUCCUGAUGCGAUUAAGGCAUUAGAAAAUAAUUAAAUGGUAUAUAUAUAUUACCUAAUUAAUGGUGAUUAGGUAUAUUCUAAAUGAUGAAGACUAUUUUUUACUAGCUUCGAUAUAACUUUUGUA